AUGGACAACAAAACGCACCGACCUCAAAAUUUGGCGAGCGAUCCCAUACGUCAAAGACGACUCGGAAGCCAUUGGCCGACCUCUCGCAUAACUUGGAUCUGGAGUUGCACACAGGCCGAAGGCCGCCUUAAGGCAUCGGAUAAUGAAACCGAAAGACCCACUGCCGCGACAAGAAACAUCGGGAGUCAUCUACAAGAUCUGGCGCAGUUGCGGACAAACGCCAAUAAGUCUACAAUCUCGUUACCCGUGAUGGCUCUCCGUGCUCAGUUCGAGGGUCACAAUGACAUCGGUGUCUUCACUCGUCUAACAAAUACUUACUGCCUUGUUUCUAUCGGCGGUUCUGAAGGAUAUUACAGUGUCUUUGAAGCCGAGUUGGGCGACAGUAUCCCAGUUAUCCACGCCAGCAUUGCCGGAAUUCGUACUGUAGGCUGCCUGACCGCAGGUGAGAGUUACUAA